AUGGAUACCAAACUCCCAGUCUUCGAGCACACAGCCAUUGAGCAAAUUAGAGGCAUCCACGCCCGCGUCUACGAAAGUUUCCACUCGCAAAAGACCAAGCCUUUGAGUUGGCGCGUAACCCAGCUCCGUAAGCUAUGGUGGGCCAUCAAAGACAGAGAGCAGCAGCUCGGAGAAGCUCUACAACGCGACUUGGGAAGACCAUUCUAUGAGGCUUAUCUCACUGAGAUCGGAUGGGUGUUGAACGACAUCAUCUUCACCAUCAAUAAUCUCGAGAAAUGGGCAAAAGAGGAGGCUGCGGGUGAUGUCCCGCUGACUUUUAUGGCUAUGCGACCAAAGGUUCGCAAGGAGCCCUUGGGUGUUGUGGUGAUACUUGGUGCUUUCAACUUCCCUGUCCAGCUCUCGCUUGGCCCGUUGAUUGGUGCCAUCGCUGCUGGCUGUACCGCCGUCCUCAAGCCCUCAGAAAGCUCGCCUUACACCGCCGCCCUCUUGCAAGAAAUCAUGGAAGUCUCGCUCGACACAUCCGCCUUUAUCUGCGUUCAAGGUGCCAUCCCUGAGAGCAGCGCCCUUCUCGAGCUCAAGUGGGAUAAGAUCUUCUACACCGGAUCUGCCACCGUCGGAACCAUCAUCGCAAAGAAAGGAGCUGAGACAUUGACACCCGUAACACUUGAGCUUGGUGGUCGUAACCCUGCUAUUAUCACAAAGAACGCCGAUCCUCGUCUUGCUGCCAGACGCCUGCUCUGGGCCAAGAUUCACAAUGCCGGUCAGGUGUGCGUCAGCCAGAACUACAUCUUGGUCGACAAGGAGGUUCUGCCUUUCCUGGUCAAGGAGCUCAAAACCGCUAUCAAGGAAUUCUACCCCGAGGGAACAAAAGCAAGCAAAGACUACGGUCGCAUCGUCAACUCUCGCCAAUUCGAGCGUCUGAAGAAAAUGCUCGAGUCCAGUAAGGGUGAGAUCCUAUACGGCGGAGAGAUGGAUGCGGAAACAAAUUACAUUGCUCCCACCAUUGUGCGCGUUUCUUCAACUUCCGACUCUCUGGUUGUUGACGAGUCUUUCGGUCCUUUCAUUCCUUUACUCACAGUCGACAACUUGGACGAAGCAAUCCGCAUCGCCAAUGAAGUCCACAGUACACCACUCGGUCUCUACGCUUUCGGCAGUAAAGCAGACACUUCCCGCAUUCUCUCCGAGACCCGCAGCGGAGGCGCCAGUAUCAAUGACGGCUUCACCCAUGCCUCAAUGCCCACAAUCGAGUUCGGCGGUGUAGGCGACAGCGGCGCAGGCUGUUACCGCGGUAAAGCAUCUUUCGACUGUUUCACUCAUCGCCGUGUGGUCACCAACACUCCCGCUUGGGUGGAGACUUUAUUGAGCGCCAGAUACCCACCUUACGCGGGCAAGCUAUCACAACUGAAGAUGAUCAACGACUUUGCGCCAAACUUUGAUCGUGAAGGUAAGGUUGUGACCUUGGGACUGGUGGGAAGGCUUCUGGCGCUUGGUGGAGCUACUCUGGGCCAAGGUGUUAAGAGAUGGCUUGUCCUUGUUGUGUUGGCCCUGGGUGUCAAGUAUGGACAAAUGCUUGGUCUGCAGGAAAGACUCAAGAGGACUUGA